AUGCGGGUGUCGAUUGGCUACCGGCGCCGCUCUGCGCGUCUUGGUCAGCGACAUGGCACCGCUCUCACUUUUCUCACAGCUCUUCUGCCCAUGAUGGCAAACGCAGCCAGUGUCGAACCAGCGCCCCCAGCGAAUCUCGACUUUUCCGACCUCGGCCAAAUUGGUAUUGCUGGUGAUUUUGGCGGCAUUUCUCUUUACCAGUUUGUUGGACAAGGUGGCCAGACUCGCAGUGCCAAUGGAAGCGAAGCCCUUCUCUCGGAGCUGCCAAACGGUGCUCUGUUACCAGCCGUUCAGACGGAUGCCGUCAUUCGAGCCAUGUGUCUUUACAAUGGCACCUCUAGCAAAUCAAACGGCCUCAUCAUCGGAGGCAACUUUACUUCUCUUGGUGGCAGCAAGUCCAAAGCAAUCGGAAUUUACGACAUUGAUGGCAGCAAGGUCACCACCCUUGAUGGUCUCGAGGGCGAGGUCAACGCCAUUCUCUGCGACGAUGCUAGCGACACCGUCUAUAUUGGUGGUAACUUCAGGAGUGGCAAUUCAACAAACGCCAUUUCCUGGAAUGGCAAGGAUGGCUUCAAAAAUCUGCCCUUUGUUGGGUUUAAUGGGCCCGUCAAAGCCAUAACCAAAAUGGAUAAUGGCCACAUACUUUUCGGAGGCACGUUCACUGGACUUGGAAACUAUAACAGCACAGCUGGUAACUGGCGCAACACUCAAACUAUCAACCUGGAAACUGCGAAAAUCAAUGCCCAGGGAAGCUCCUCCAAAGAUGGCUUCAGCGACCCGGCUAACGUUGCCUGCUCCAGUGGCUCUGUUGCUCAAGGCAGCACCUGGCUCCUUGAAGACGAUACCCCUGGCUACUGGGAGGCUCAGUCUGGCUUCGGCUUUGAGCCCACCAAGAUCCGCAUUUGGAACACACACCUUGAAGACCACGGAACCAAGUCAUUCAAUAUCCAGACUUUUCCUAAUGGCCUCACUAACAUCAUGAACAUGACCUACAUCGAUGCCGAUACAGGCAGAAAUGCCACUUGUGACCGCGUUUGCCCUCUCAGCAACGACCCUAAGGUCCAGUUUCAGGAUUUUUAUUUUGUCAACGUUGUAGGAAUGAACAAGCUCCGCAUCGACAUACUGGAGUGGUGGGGCAACGCUGCUGGCCUUGCAGGCGUCCAGAUCUUUGCGGACAACGUCUUCUCCUACGCCAUCAACGACUUCAACGAACCCAAAUGCCGUACUCGAUCAGGCACUGUCUCGUCCGCCUCAAUUACGGGGCCCUGGGAGAGGUCACCAUCUCUACAAAGCAAUGCCGAGUAUCUCACCGCCAGCAUCCAUGUGGACGAUGGUCGUACAGGCUCAAACGCAUCCGUCACCUUCUACCCCAACAUUCCGCAGUCUGGCAAUUACUCCGUCAAUCUCUACACACCUGGCUGCGUGGCUGAUGGCACAUGUGCUAACCGCGGCCGAGUUUACGUUUCUGGAUCCAUGUCUAGUGGCACCACUCAGCCCGAAUUCGAGACAGAGCUGUUUCAGACAAAUAACUUUGACAAAUACGACCAAAUCUACUUUGGCUUCGUGGAAAAAACCUCUGACAAAUUCCAGUCCAGCGUCACUCUUAGCCCCACCGCUGACCAGACGGUCGAGGACCUCGUCAUUGUCGCUCAACAGGUUGGAUUCACCCUCAUCAACUCUGUCGGUGGCCUGAACGGCCUUUUCGACUUUGAUCCUAAUGGCCCUCUUCCCGACGAGAGGAGUCUCGAUAGCUCCGCAAUCAACAAGCUUGGGUACAGCUUCGAUAAGUCAUCGGGUGUCAAAGCUCUUAUUACUUCAUCCGAUACCACCUAUGUUGCGGGCAACUUUAGCUCGAAAAACCACAGGAACAUUGUGGCCAUAUCCAGCAAAGGUGGAGAAGCCAAGAAUCUAGAUGGGGGCCUGAAUGGGCAGGUUCUGGACAUGCAGGCCGAGGACAAGAAACUUUAUGUUGGCGGAUCCUUUUCCAAUACUCUCUCCAACGAUACCAAAGGACUGAACAAUGUCGCAGUCUACGACCCCGAUAGCGACGCCUGGUCUCCUCUCGGCGCCGGUCUCGAUGGCUCUGUCGACUAUGUUGUAUCUCUACGCGUCAACACCACCGAGGGCAAGCCAGAAACAGUUAUCGCGUUUACUGGUUCGUUUACCAACUCAAACGGCUAUGACAACUUUCCGUCAGCCCGAGUCGAUGGCUUUGCCAUUUGGGUGCCCUCGCAAAGUAUUUGGUUGCACGACUCAAAACAUAAUGUUCCAAGCUACAGUGGCGUAUUGACUGCUUCCCACUUGGACCUUCACGGUAGCAAUUCUAUUCUUGCCGGUUCCAUUGACGUCUCUACGCUUGCAGUCGAUGGCGUUGCCAGCCUUUCAGCCGCAGGUCUUGGAAGAUUCCCCGCCAAGAUUGACGCAAAGACACCGAAGCCGAGCAAGCGACGACGAAGUAUUCUACAAGGAGGCGAUCUGGCCGGCGUUGCCACUGGAACCUUUUAUGAGAAUGCUGAUGAGAGCCUUACUAUCAUGGCAGGCCACUUUACUGCACAAGCAUCCAGCAACGAUUCAGUCAUUCACAACUUGGUCUUUAUCGAUGCUAAGAAAGGCAAUGCCACUAGUGGUCUUUCUGAAGGCAUUGAUCCUGAUUCGUCGUUCUUUGCGACGGAUAUUUGGAACAAUAUUCUUUUUGCUGGGGGUCAAGUUUCCGGAAACGUCAGUGGAAUGGAAGCUCAUGGUAUCAUUGGAUGGGAUCUCGAUGCUAAAAAAUUCUCUCACCAACCUGCUGGUCUUACGGGCGGCGACGGUGUUGUCACUUCCAUCGCCGUUCGCCCUGGCGGUGGCGAUCAAGUCUUUGUUGGCGGCUCCUUCGAGAAAGCCGGCGCCCUGGAUUGCCCUGGCCUCUGUACCUUCAAUAUUGACGAUGACCAGUGGACUCGGCCUGGCACCGUCGUCACUGGCCGGGUUACUGGGCUGCAAUGGGUAAAAACUGAUUCAGUCCUCGUCGCUGGUGACUUGGUCGCCAGCUCAAGCGGUUCUAAGCCUUUGGCCUACUAUAACCCAGUGAAGCAAACGUGGACCGACUUUCCUAACCUUGGUGAUAUUCCCGGUCCUGUCGAAGUUCUGGCACCCGCAAGCAUGGAUCUCAAGCAAUUCUGGAUUGGUGGCAAAUCUCUCAAAGACAAGUCAACCUUCCUGAUGAAGUGGGAUGGAAGCAGAUGGCGCUCUGUUGAGAAAAAGCUCCCCGACAGCACUGUUCUUCGCAGCCUUCAGGUGUUCCGUCUUACCCAACAGCACGAUCGCGCCUCUCUACUCGAAUCGGAUCAAGCAUUGAUGAUUACUGGCGCCAUUGACCUGCCUAACACUGGCUCCGUCUCAGCUUGCUUGUUCAACGGCUCACAUUACCAGCCCUACGCCCUGACCACAAGUAACAACCAAGGCACCAGCAGCAUUGGCAGAAUUUUCUCGCAGAGACCCAAUAAGAUUGGCCACAGUAAACGCAUGCCGCUGGUCUUUGUCGUUCUUAUCGGAUUGGCCAUCUCGCUUGCACUCAUUUUGCUCAUGGUUGUUGGCGGCGUCGUUUUAGACCGUCUUCGAAAGAGGCGUGAAGGCUACGUCCGCGCGCCAACCUCGAUGCGUGACCGCGGGAGCGGCAUCCAGCGAGUUCCACCCAGAGAACUACUUGAGUCUCUAGGCAGAGUGCGUCCUGGUGGCCCGCCCGCUGUUUAG